CUUUGAGAAAAUGAGAGCUGACAGCUUGGGACAGCGAUAACUUAGAAGUGGGACGGCCGGAGCCUCACACCCUGACUGUAAUACAUCAAGGGACUGUCAUCCCUAGCGUCAGGAUCCCGAUGUGAUGAAUGCGCCAUUGCCUGUGUUCCACCGCCCUCCCUCCGCUGAGCGUGAUGCCACCAUCAUGCGUCCUCCUGCACAUGAGAACUCAUGCUUGCAAGUGCAGCGAGCUGCUGAUUAUCUGGUGCCCCUACCAGGGCCUGGUGCCCCUGAACUGCCCUCAUCUCCCUCCACAAGUAGUGUGGACAAGUUGUUGGCUGUUAACUCAACGUCAGACUGGGAGACGAGCUUUGUACUACCAGAGUCCAGGUCCACACAGCCACUGCUGGAGGAGGAAUCAUCCAGCAGUAGCAACAGCUCUGGCAGCACAGACAAACCAGCAACAGUUGGCAGUCUGGUGAGUCUGGAAAAGGUAUCACCCAACAUCCAUAAUAAUAAUAAUAACAACAACAACAACCCUCAGUGCAACAGCCUAAAGGCUACUUUGUCGAUGGAUCCUGCAGCCCUGGCUAAACAGCCCCUCCCAUAUGUUAAUGUGAACAUGACGCCUUCCCACAUUGUGGAGACCGAGGUCGAGUCCCAGGGGCGUCCAUUCACAGUUCAGGCAGCAGUCAGCAGAAAUCUUCUUUCGGAAAAUGAGAUUUCAUGCUGAAGUGUGACAGAUACUAAUUGAAACUUGGUGUGAAUAUCAUGCUGCUGCAGGCUUCCCAGUCACCAUAUGGUUCAUCAACAGUGCUAACGUGGAAUCCCUGCAAACACAUGAAGUGGGAAUAACAGUAGCGCCAUUCAAAGCAGGGUCUUGACAAUUUUAUGGUGAUAGAUAUGUGAAAUAAUGUAACUUUUAUAAGCAUCAUUUUUUUUAUAAAAGUUGAAUAAGACAACAUGGCGACUGCUUGAAAUGUGUUGGUGUGGUAAUGAUAGUUGUAACUUGACACGUGACAUCCUUCAGAACCUGAGUGCUUUUAAAACUCACAUGGUCCUACAGACCACACUGUCUCCGUCUCAGACAUUCCCCCAGGACAAGAUGUCGCCAUGUGCAUUCCAAAACUGAAACUUUCCUAUUUUUUGAUAGCAGGAGGAAUAUGUUUUUACUUCAUGUGUGAAGUAACUGAAGUACAAGAAAGCUUUAAUACAAAAGACUGUAGCUGUGUGGCUUCACAGAUAAUUGGUUUUGAUAAUCUUGUUUUUAUGUGUUUAGGAGGAGAUAAGUUUUAUCACUAAAGCUGGUUAGUAUAUGUCCAAAGUUCUUUCUUAAAGAUGUUUUUGUUAUUUUCAGAAAAGGUAGAAGAUACAGUGCUUUAGGUUUCCAAUGUUCUUUUAGAUGCUUUACAGUUUGUGUGAUCAUACAGCUGAGUGUGGCCAGGUUCUGUCCCUGAUGGAAGUGUAGCUCUUGAUGUGGUCACACCACAUGACUAUAUAAUGUAGGCAGUGCCUGUUCCAGUUUCUGUACAGGACAGGUAACCUGAAUGCACUCUUCCAUGUGCAACUAAGCAAGGCUUGCUUGUUGGUUGUUUAUACUGUCAUCUAAAAGUCUGAAGAUUAAAAUGUAUCUUGUAAGAUAUGAGGUUUUCAUGGUGGUGACCAUGAAGAAUGCCAUCUUCUGGGAUGUGG